CUUUCACUGAUCCUAUCAUAUAUCAGCAAGCAGCACCAGUCUACGAUCUUCUCGAGCUAUGCAUGCCGGCGUGCACACCGUCGCGUGCGCUUUAUAAAGCUUGACUGCGGAGUCUCGUCUAGGAAUGAAUCUCGACGUUGAUAAGACUUUCGGCGAACUUUAUCAGUCCGAUGACGUCGUAAAGGCCCUGAAAGAGCUUCAGCAGUGCCUCAAGACACGAGAUGAAGCUCGACAAUGGGCACGUAAUCUUAGCUUCUUAGGUCCCGCGGCCGAUCAUCCUGCUCACAGCGAUUCUGACGAGGCCCAUGAUUCCGCGUCGUCGUCAGUUCUCUGCCUAUGUUCUGGACGAAUCGGAUUCCACAACGCGCCAACCCGAGACGUACUGGAAGUCACGCAUGCUUUCGAUUUUCCAAACUGCAGAAACUACGUUGCUGUAUCUUGGACAUGGCCUAGCGACGAAGACGCACAUGUUGCCGUAAGGGCACCAGCCAGAUAUCUCGUCAAGACCAACGAUGGACUGAGAGACUGCAACGUCCCCCGAAAUAUCCUGUCGAGAGCAAUUUCUUAUGCCGCUCAGUACAUAGUGCCCUUCAUCUGGUUCGACAGAGAAUGCAUAGUCCAAGAGGAACCCUCUCAGCAGUGGCUGGGUAUUCAGUCCAUGGACAUCGUGUACCAGCGAAGCAGUCAUCCGUUGGGUAUAUUGCAGACUCGCAUCAACACGCAAGCACAACUCGAUUUACUCGCCCGGAUGGUAGAAGGUCAACACAUUCCUCCCACAGACUUACCUGCCCUACUUGAACUGUUACAACUGAUUGAACAGGAUAAAUUCUUCACUCGUGCAUGGACCCUACAGGAGUCUACUUCGGCAGGAUUCGACAUGAGACUGUUGAUUCAACAUGAACCAAAUCUGACGAAGCCCGAGACUCUUGGCUUCAUUGAAGGUGAAGCCGAUUUCAGCUUAUAUGAAUUUUAUUUGGCCAUGAGCUUCGCGUAUGCACAAGUCUCAAUUUACGACGAUGAGAUCGACUCGCAGCUGCAGACGCAGCUCUACCGCACAAUCGACCGACUGUCAUCCUAUAUGCCGCUGGAUGGCGAGAAAUAUGAGGAAAACUUGGACUCCAGUGAACCUGACCCUGACUAUCGACAGGUAUGCAAUGCUGCUCAGGCUUUGAUAUAUCUGAAACCAAGGAUGAACAGUCAUGUUUCUGAUCGCCUCGCAAUAAUGGGAAAUAUGUGCCACUAUACCUUGCGACUUGACACCAACGAAAUUGUCAGUAACGGCUAUGGCUUCAGUAUCUGUGCUUUUGCGCUCGCGAUAUUCAAUGGGGAUCUCUCUUUGACUCGUUUCAGCAAUGGCGUGGAUGGUGAGUGUCUGGCAUAUUCAUGGGGACCUCAGCAAAAUCUGUCCCUUGCUCAACUUGACUGGCGCGAGGACAGCGAGCUCGUACGAGCCUCACCAGCAAAGCUUCACGAAAAGGGCUUACUUCUACGAGGUUGGCUGUGGAAAGUGGACAAGUUCCUAGCGGUCGACCCAAGCAUCUUGCAAUGUCUGGAAACAUCAGGGAAGAACGACCCAACCGCCUUGGUACGGGGUCUGCUUAAACAACUGAUGCGGGAAAAGCUUCUUUAUGCGGCACAAGUGCUCUGGUACUUCACGAGACAUAGUGUAUUCGGAACCUGGGAAACCAGCGACCACGACAAAAUCCCUGCUAAUUUGGAGGAUAUCUUCGACCUGGACACUGGCAAUUUCGCUUAUUGCGGUGAUGAUAAGUGGGUGAGAAGUGAAGCUGAUUACAGGUUCUUUUUCGAGGAAACUGGGACCGGCCUCGACUCUAGCACGAUAGAUCAUCGAGAGACCGCUCGACGAUGGAAGUCCAAUGAGUGGCUUUGGACCAUGAUCCUUCAAGGCACAUUGCCUCUGGGGCACCGGGUAUCAUCAACAGGCGUUGGUAUACCGCCAGACGCAGGCCUUUCAGCGAUAUUCGAUGUUCAACAAUCUUCUGGCAGUACACAAUAUGUGUUUCUACCUUCAACAAUUCUUGAUACUCAAUUGGCAUAUAGGAGGCACAAGAACACCGCUAUCUUCUGGGUCGUCGACCUGAAUGACGGCAAGGAUAGCGAGACUGGUUGCAUGGUUGUUCGAGGCACAGGUCAGAUGUGUCAUGGCUAUUUUCAGGUUGCUGAAGCCGACAAGCCGGAAUUGUUCUUCUUCACCUAGGUAGGGAAACUCCUUCCUGCGCACUACGUCACUAACAGUUCGGGGCAGGAUCUCAGCAGUUUCGACUGAGAGCGAUUGUUCCGGGACAACAGCUCAAGACUGAGCAGACGCAAUCCAAAUGGGACAAUCUUUCUCAAUCUGGGAACGACUGCCAGUGCUUGUUUAGCCUAUAACUCGCGAAGCUGAGGCUGAUGUGAUGACAGGUCAGGCUGCGAUCCCAAUCGUUCAGU